AAAAAAAAAAAAAAAAAAAAAAAAAAAAGCGUGAGCAGCAGAAACGAAGACGCGCUAAGUUGGUCAAACAAGAUCGGCCAUAGCUUCUUCUCUCAAUUACUUAUUCAAACCCUAACUCAUAAGCCGUUUUGGGUUUUGCUUAUAGGCUGCAUCGCACAGUUGUAGUAGGUAUUUUGAUAAGCAGCACUUGGAGACGAGGGAGUUAGAGUGCGAUAAAUAUUUAAAUAUAUUUUGAUUGAUUUGAAUGCAAAUGCCGGAAGAAGAGUUGAUACAACUAAAAUUCCGAAUUUAUGAUGGAACGGAUAUUGGUCCAUUUCGAUAUUCACCCUCGUCAACUGUGGCUACUCUCAAGGACAGAGUCGUUUCCGAUUGGCCUAAAGGUCAUGGAGUCGACGAACUAUGCUUUAAUACUUAAAGACACAGCCGCUCCAUGUCUGGCUCUAAAUUCUUAUAAAAAAAUUGCACCCAAGGUUGCAAAUGAUGUCAAAUUGAUAAGUAGUGGGAAAAUUUUGGAAAACAGCAAGACUGUUUCACAGUGCAAAAUGUCUUUUGGGGAGCUUGGGCUCAUUACAAUGCAUGCUGUUGUACAACCUUCACUAGCAAAAGUGAAAACAGAAAAGAAGAUUGACGAGGCUCCUCAGAAAAACUGUGCAUGUACCAUAAUGUAGGGAAGUAUACAGGUAUCAUAAUAUCUUCGGUUCUUGGAAUUACCCGGGCUAUGAAUAUUUGUCGAAAACAAUAAUAUGUGGAAAGUACCAUACGUCAGUUUUCAUAAUUGUUUGAGAGCGUAACGUGUUAUACCCUAUGUAAAGCCGUAGUUGCAGCAUUUGCUCUUUUCUGUGUACCAGAGUUCAGAAGAGGUUUUAAAUUCUUUGAAGGCUUGCAUUAGCUUGUACAUAUAAGAGGGGUUUUCAAGCCAAGCCACACUCCCAGAUGCUGUUCUGCUUCUUCGUGGCAUAUAGUAAUAUAAUAUUAUAAUGUUUUGUUAAA